AACAUAUUGUUUGGCCGGGAAUACGACGAACGCCGGUAUAAAGAUGUGGUACGAGUGGCGGCACUCGAGCGGGACUUAAAGAUAUUCCCGUUCGGCGAUCGGACACUAGUGGGCGAAAAGGGUGUUUCACUCAGUGGUGGUCAAAAGGCCAGAAUAACGUUAGCAAGAUCUCUGUACAAAAACGCCGACAUAUGCCUUAUGGACGACCCGUUAUCGGCUGUGGACGCGGCCGUUGCCGAACAUAUAUUUGAACAGUGUAUAGUUAACUACUUGGGACCCAAAAUCCGAAUACUAGUCACACAUCAAAUCCAAUUCAUACGAAAGGCUACGAAAAUCCUUGUGUUAGACGACGGAAAGUGUUUAGGUUUGGGAAUGUUUGACGAACUGUUGCCCAAAGGGUUAGACUUUAUGGCAAACUUUGACGGCGACGACGACGACGACGAGAACGCGGACGCAGUGGUGGCCGAAAGCGAGGGCUCGAGUGUACACACGAUGUGUAACGAAACGGAUACUAAAUCACAACAAUCGGCGGUCACUGUUAGGGCCGACUCUGUCCGCAGUAGGCGUACUGUACGGCGCCUUAUAAGCAAUACCAUUACGAGACAAAUCUCUGUUAUUGGGGCUCAGGAGGAGGAGGAGGCGCCCCAUAUACAGGAC